AUGCAGUGGCACUUCAAGCAGCUCGAGCAAUUAACUGGAGACGAACUGAGACAGAUCUAUGCAAUUCGAAAGGACGUCUUUUGUGAGAAAGGUGAAAAAGAUCUUGGUCACCCACCAAUGGACGAAGUAGACGAGACGUGUUACCACUCCUUUGCUUGGGACGAGAAUGGGAUUGUGUGCUACUGCAGAGUGAUUGAGGAAGAACCAAAGCUCUUCAGAAUCGCGCGUGUCCUUGUCCACAAAAACUACAGAAAGCAGGGAAAAGGACAACAACUCAUCACUCACACCUGCGAGAAAAUUCACGAAAACUUUGGAGGUGGUGUGGUGACCCUUUCUGCGCUUGAGGACAUUCACACCAUGUACCUCAAGGUGGGCUUUGAACUGACUGGGGAGAGGUGUGAAUUCAACGGAAUUCCCGCUGUUGAAAUGGUAAGGCUAGUUUGA